CCUCCGGCUUCGGUUUGUUUCCCUCGUAUGGAGUUGCGCGUUGGACGCGCUAAGGGCUUCCGAUAUUGCGUCUGAGAAUGUACAUGUCCAUGCUUUAAGAGGCCUAAUCCGUCUCGAGGAAAUGCAAUCAGAUCCGUAGUCAUAAUUAUCCCAAGUCGAUCCCCUCUAUCUAACCCAAUCCAGGUGGCAAUCGCCCGGUUGCUUGGUCAUGGCUCCUAUCCUCGUAGAAAACGUCGCCUCAGCAGCAAAUGACACGUCCCCUUCCAAGAAGCCGUCUGAAACCGUCACAGUCGCUGUCUUGGGCGCGGCGAACGAUAACCAUCAAGGCCGCUGGGAGCCCAAGACCGACGACGACCACGCAGUGCUCGCGGUCCGUAACCUGACGCUUGACUUGACGGCGCAGAACGGGGGCGGCCACGGCGGAUCAGCCGUUGGCAUGGCGGCGAUUGGCGUUGCGCUGUGGAAGUACACGAUGCGAUACUGCCCAAGCAAUCCGGACUGGUUUGAUCGAGAUCGAUUUGUCCUCUCGAAUGGGCAUGCGAGCAUGUUUCUCUACACGAUGAACCACCUCGUUGGCUACGAUGGCUGGACCAUGGACGAGCUCAAAGGUUACGGAAACCCAAAGUUAAACGGCUUCAAGACGCUUUCUCAUGCCCAUCCCGAGAUUGAGUGUCCCGGGGUAGAGGUCACGACUGGCCCCCUUGGCCAAGGCAUCGCCAACGCCGUAGGGUUGGCCAUGGCGUCCAAGAACCUCGCCGCGAGGUUCAAUGAGCCCGGCCACGAGGUGGUAAAGUCGCGGGUCUACUGCAUGACGGGAGACGGGUGUUUGAUGGAGGGUGUCGCUCUUGAAGCAAUCGCUCUGGCGGGACACUUUCGCCUCGACAACCUGGUGCUGCUCUACGACAACAACCAGGUUACCUGUGACGGUCCCCUUGACUGGAUCAACACGGAGGACACCAACGCCAAGAUGCGCGCCUGCGGUUGGGAAGUCCUGGACGUGACCGACGGGCGCUACGACGUGUCAGCCAUCGUGCGAGCGCUGCAGCUCGCGCGCCACAGUCAGCAGACACAAGCCAAGCCUGUUCUCAUCAACAUCCGCACCGUCAUCGGCGUUGACACCGCCAUGGCCGGCACGGCCCGGGCCCACCACGGCGCCUUCGACAAGGAGAGCAUCGCGAGGUCCAAGGUCCUGGCAGGUCUACCGCCCGCAGCGACCCACGUCGUGCCGGACAGGGCCUUGCGCUUCUUCCGUGAACGUAAACUGCACGGCAUGCAGAUCGAGCAAGAGUGGAACGAGUUGGUGGGCCGGUACGCCCAGGCUCAUCCCAACAAAGCCGCAUCAUUUUCGUCUUGCCGCCGUGGCGAGUUCGGAAAGUCGACAAAGGUGCUCGAAAUGGCCGAUAUCGCACAGUUCAAGGGAAUGCCAACACGGAAGAUAAACGGAAUCAUCCUCGAGCAGCUGUGGAAGGAGAACACCUCGCUCUGCGGUGGUGGUGCUGACCUGGUCAACUCCAAUAACCUGCGCUACGCCGAGACGGAUGUUUUUGGGCCAAAUGACUACUCUGGCCGAUACAUACGCUACGGCAUCCGGGAGCAUGCAAUGGCCUCCAUCUCCAACGGCCUCGCAGCCUACAACCCAGGCACAUUCCUGCCCAUCACGGCCACAUUUUUCAUGUUUUAUAUCUACGCUGCCCCUGGAAUCCGCAUGGGUGCCCUCAGCGGGCUCCAAGCCAUCCAUAUCGCGACGCACGACUCCUUUGCGGAAGGCCAGAAUGGCCCAACCCACCAGCCCGUCGAGCUCGACUCGCUCUAUCGGGCCAUGCCCAACCUGCACUACAUCCGGCCUUGCGACGGCGAGGAGCUCCUAGGCGCGUGGUCCCACGCCAUUUCGGCCAGACAUACCCCCACCAUGCUCUCCGUCGCGCGUGACCCUGUCGGCCUCGUUCCCAACACCUCUCGCCUCAAAGUCGAGUUCGGCGCCUACGUCAUCCAGGACGACCCCGAGGCCGUUCUCACGCUCGCAAGCUGCGGCUCGAACCUGCACCACGCCGUCGCCGCAGCCUCACUCCUUUCCCAGCACGACGGCUUGAAGGUACGCCUGGUCUCGGCGCCCUCGCUCGACUUGUUCCAGCUGCAGCCCCAAACAUACAAAGACCAAGUUUUUCCGCGCGAUGGGAGGCCCGUGGUCAGCGUCGAGGAGUACGUGCCAACGAUUUGGGCUCGGUAUGCUACAGCUAGCUGCGGCAUGAAGAGCUAUGGAUACUCGGCCAGCAACGAAAGCAACUACGCCCGAUUUGGACUUGAUGCGGAAGGCAUCCAGAAGAGAGUGUUGACAUAUCUGACGGAAUUGGAUGGGCAGGAUGCAAGGAGAUUCGGAUGGAGGGAGCUGUAGGGUAGUGUCAGAUGAGACGUUAAUAUUUGUGAUGGUCUGUUCUAGACAGACUUGAGCUGAACCCCCCUCCUUCAUUUCAACAUGUCACGACGAAGACAAGACUCUUGCUGAGUGAUUCAGGCGACAUUUUAUUAUUUCUGUCUUUCAAUACCUAGCUGUUUGGCAUA